UUUGGUGUUUGUGUACGGGCGCGUGCGCGUGCGCGCUAAUUAGAGAGGAUGUUACCGGUAUAAGAGGAAGCUUUGCCUUCACUUGGAUGUAUCACGCGUUGUUGGAGAGUCAGAGAAGAUAUCGCUGCACCUCUUACAUUUACUCAACAGAUCAAUAACCCCCCUCGAGCAGCCAUGAAGGACGUAAUGAAAGCCAUGGAGACACUGAUAGAUCUCUUCAAUGAGUACAGCGGCGAGGAUGACCUUUUGAGCAUGACGGAGUUGGAGAAACUGGUGGAGGAGGGUCUCAAGGGAAGUGACAUUGAGGACAAACUCGAUAUGGCCGAGGCCACCGAGGUCUUUGGUCAACUGGACAAGAACGGAGACAACCAGCUCGACUUCCAGGAGUUCAUCAAAUGCAUCGGCUUGCUGGCUACAAAGUCCCGCAAAAAGCGCGGAGGCCGGCGUGGGGGCAAAUGGGGCAAAGGGGGCGGAGGGGGUCGGGGUGGCAAAGGGGGCAAGGGAAAGGGGGGAAGACGAGGGGGGCACGGCAAGGGCAGUGAUGAUGAAGAUGAUGAAUGAUCUGUCUUCUGAUUUCUCUCAAACUGUCAUGUGUGGAUCCGCUACGGACAUGUAAUUAUGACACUUUGCUUCGCUAUGCAACCUUGGUAUGACGUCAAUUAUUAUUAUUAUUUUUUUUUUAAAAUGAAUAAACCAAUGAAAACGUA